AUGGACGAUCUCACAGUCUUUAGGCGCACGGCGGGAGAACCGCUCUACAUCGUCGAACCGCAAUUCCAGCACAUUCAUACCUUCAUCCUUCUCCAUGGCCUGAGCUCCAAUGGCGAGAAGUUUGGAGCAGAAUUGCUGGAGAGUGACAUAAUUUCUUCAGUAAACACCCUCACCGCUUUGUUCCCGGGCGCUCGUUUCGCUUUCCCGACUUCGAAGCUUCAACGGCAGAUCGAUGGUCUCGUUGAGUCCGCGGCAGAGACCCGAAAGAUCAUUGAGAAUCAGUUGAAGGAUGUGAAGUCAGAGAACCUCAUUCUUGGAGGGCUGAGCCAAGGUUGCGCGAUGUUGCUGGCUGUGUUGUUGGCGCUUGAGUACUCGGUCGGGGUGUACAUCGGUAUGAGCGGCUUCGUGACGUUCCAAGAGGGUCUUGCGAUGGCCAUAGAAGAUGACGAGGAGGAGGAACAGAGCAGCCCUGUCAAAGCGCAAGCGAUGCAGCGGGAUCUCCUGAACUUGGACCCUUUGGACAACCAAUCGGAUGACACCACGGCGGCGCGGACUCCCAUCCUCCUUGGCCACGGCGAAGUGGACGAAAAGAUACCUGUAGGCUUGAGGUUAAGCGCGGCGCAAGUGAUGUGGGAUGCUGGGUACGAGGCAGACUGGAAAUGCUACGAAGACCAAGGACACUGGUACAAGAUUCCUGAUCAGAUCGAUGACAUCGUCAGCUUCGUUACGACAAAAGUUGGCUGA